AUGCUGGCCCAAAGCCCCCCCAACAACACCUUCCAGAUUACUCUGCCUGUUGUCAACCAGACCUUGACCUUUGACGACCUGCGAUCCAUUUCCCCUGCUGCCCUCGAAGAGUCUGCCCACUUUGCCGGCGACGCUUCAAGCUGCCACUCUUCUACUAUGCAACACACCUUUGCCUAUAACACCACAGAGAAAGCCUCUCAAUUUGACCCCCUCGCCUACGAUAGCAAGACUGCGACACUACAAAACAACACCGCAUACACCCUGCCUCUCUCUUCACCUACUCAGAGCCUCAUCAGCCACUCCAUUGAAAGCGACUUUGCAAUGGAGGGCUCACACGGUCCUAGUACACCUGAGGAGUGGUCCACGAUGCUGUCCGAGGCCGACAAGGCCUACCAACAGUCGUGGAACGGCGGUAGCGUCGCUCCCUACUAUAACAGCUACGCUGCGCAGGACAUGUCAUGUCAAGCUUCCCAGAUCGCUCACAUCGGCGCCGGUUUCGACAAUCAGCCAGCCAUGCACCCUUCAGAAGACCUGCUCGCCACCACCACUGGCAGCGCAUACCCUGCCUUUGUAUCCAUGGCUCCUCUCCCAUAUGGUCACGACCUGAGCAGCGCCAUUCCCAGCUCUGCCGUGCCUCGCGGCUUCAGCCAACACAGCGAUGCCUUUCCGGGGCUACUAGUUCCUUCAGUUGAUAGCGAUGCCAGACACUCGAGCCCGUCCUCCUUCAGCACCGGCGAUGACGCCACUACCAACACGCGCGCUUCGUCCGUCUCAAUCCCCCGCAAGAGACACAGCCGUGACAUGAAGAAGCAGCAGCGUCGCCCGUCGCCCGUCAGCGUUUGUAACUCUUCUCACGCCAUCUUGCCUUACCCGACUCCCUCCUCUGGCACCCCUAAUACCCUGCCUUCCAUGAGAACACUGGCAGACCAGACCAUUCCCGAAUGCAAGGAGUGCAACCUAACAUUCCGCGACAUCCCUACUCUCCAGAAGCACAUCAAGUCUGAGCAUACAAGACCACUUCUCUGCGUCUUCCACUACGCUGGCUGUACUUCUCGAUUCGCCUCCAAGAACGAGUGGAAGCGGCACGUUGCCUCGCAGCACCUCGCCCUCCGCUACUGGAUCUGCACCGAGGGAACCUGUGGCCAGACCCGCGGGCCGUCGACCCGCUCCCGCGCCGCCUCCCUUCCCGUUUUCGGCUCCAUCUUCAACCGCAAAGACCUCUACACCCAGCACAUCCGCCGCAUGCACCUGGCGCCGGAGGGCAGCCCGCUCCUGGGGGCAAGCUCGAAGAAGCCCAUCCCCGCCGAGAUUGAGGACCGCAUGCGCGAGCUGCAGGCCAACGCGGCCCGCACGCGCUGCGCGCUGCCUCGCUUCAUGGUGUGUCCCGCACCAGGUUGCCCCUCCGAGUUCCACGGCCCCAACGCCUGGGAUGACCGCAUGGAGCACGUCGCCUGCCACCUCGAGCGCGCCGCCGCCGGCGAGGAGCCGCCCGUCACCUUUGGCGGCCCCGCCGACUGGACCCUGACAGACUGGGCAGUCAGCGACGGCGUCAACGUCACCCGUCAGACCUCGAGCGGCACGUGGAAGCUCUGCAACCCGCUGCGCGGCGAGGGCGGCAGCUCCCGCAGCGGCGGUCGCUCGCGCGUCAGCGUCUCCGCCCGCCGGGCUUCGAUGGCUCGACACGGCGAUGACGAGGACGCCGAGGGCGAGGACUGCACUGCCUGGAGUCGCUAA